AUAAACCCCACCUCCCUCUCUCCCUCCACCACAUCAAGCCAUUCCCAGUUCCAUCUGCUUCUCUUUCCUUCCCAAGCCAAUCGUUUCCCCCUUUCCGAACUCCCAUCGCUACCGACAAUGGAGGCUGGUCGUAAGCUCGUGCUUUUCACCGUGGCCAUGAUGGCCGUGGUCAUGGCUUCUUCCUUGGUCGAGAAGGUGGCCGCGGUCGAUGCUCCCGCCCCCAGCCCCACCUCCGGUGCCGUCACCGCUCCCGCUGCACCUGCUGCCGUCCUUGCCUCGAUCUCCGUCCUCCUCUUCGGAUACUUCCUCUGCUGAGCGACACAGUUUUCUCCUUCUCUUACUCGUGGUUCCUUCAUUUGUUGUUCUUCUCUGUCAUGCUUGUAUUUGGUCUGAUACGUUUUGGAGGAAGAGGAAUACGUAGGAAUUGAUAUCUGCAUAUGAUGGUGAGGUGGUAAAGGAUAUGUAACAUUGUAUUUGUGUUUGAUUAUGUUGAUCUGAGUUAUUUUUCGUGGUUACAAUUACAUGAAAUGAUAGAUUGUAUUGCCUCAUCA